UGUUUACGGACUAGGGCCCAUGUAUAGGGAUAGGCGCAGGCAUUUAACGUGUUACGUACGAACUGUAAUCUGAACGAAAAAUGUCAAAAUCCAGGGACUGUUUUUGGCACAAAAUGAAGUCUCUUUUCCCAUGAACGUGUGUCUUUUUUGUACGUAAAAUAAAGCUUCCUCGUAUUGUUUUCUUCAGAAUAACGUUAGAUUUAAUACUUCGCGGCAUAUUCAUAUUGUCGUGACGAACAUCUGCAUCUGCAUGGUCUGCAUCUGAUUCUGACGAUCUGACUUCUGACUUUUUUACAAACGCCCGCCCGGUGUGGCUAUCCCGUACUAGUAGUAGGGGCCUACAUACAGAUCUGAUUGGCACAAUGAAAACCAUAACCCAAAGAGCAACUGUUGCCUGCUUGUGCUGCCUUCUUUAUGUUGGAACGUUGCAUUUAGCUGAAGCAGACCAAGCCAGGGAGACCUCAAAACAGCAGUCUCUGCAAGAGCAGCAAAAACAGGAGCAACAGAAGCAGCAGCAGCAGCAUCAACAACAGCAAGCAGUUCACAGAACUGAGGAGAGUAUGCCAAAGGUUAGCCAGAAUGUACCCAGGGACGUUGGAGCUGGUAGUCCUUCAGAGGGCAUUGAGCCAAAUAUUGCAAACUCCAAUCAGGAAAUUUUAACUCAGGCAGCCUCAAAUGACAGGACUGGUGGCCAGAGCCAGCAAAAGCAGCAGCAGCAGCAUCAACCCACAAAAGAACAUGUACAUCAAUCUCAUCCCACUGGUUUGCAAAGUCCACAACAGCCACCUGUUCACCAGCAAGCAUCACAGACUCAGCAGCAGCAGCUGCAACAGCCACCACUUUCCGUGCAACAAGAGUUUGCAAACCAAAAAGUUCAAAACAUGCAUCAAUCCAAAACCACUGGUUCCCACAUUCCUCAAGACCAGCAAUCAUCACAGACACAACAGCAGCAGCAAUCACAUUCUCAAGCACCUAAGCAACAACCUAAUGUGGAUUCCAGGCCUACACCGCAGCAGGCUUCCCAAUCUGACCAGGUCAAUGGAAAAAUGCAGAUGAGCUCGGCCGGUAACCAAGGUACUGGCCAACCAUCAAAUCCAAGCCAGCAGGUUAGGCCAGAUGUGGGAUCCAGCACCCCAAACCAGCAAAGCAAUACAAAUGCCCAGCAGCACGCCUCUGGCCAGCAGACAAGUGGAGGUAGUCAGUCUACGGAACGGUUGCUUGAUCCCGAGAAGUUAGAGCAGUUACAAGAAGAAACAGAACGCCGAUUACAGCUGCUUCAGCAAAAACACAAACAGCAACAAGAAAUACUCAACCAGCAAAAAUUGCAGCAUCAACAAGCACAGCAGCAACAGCAACAACAGACUCCUCAACAACCUCUACAGCACCAAAAUCCACAAGCUGUUGCUCCUGAGCAGCAGCAGCAGCAUCUGCAAACUUCACAACAUACAGUCGAUCAACAACAUGCUCAACAACAUCCACACCAGCAACCUGCACAGCACCUGCAUCAACAUCAGCCGCAAGUACCGCAGCAACAAUCUCUGCAGCAACAGCAACAAGCUGCAAAUCAGCAGCAACCUUUGAAUUCACAGCAGCAACCUCCAGCUCAACAGAAGCUGCCAUCACAACAGCAAAAUCUACAAUAUCAGCAGCAGGAAAAGCCAGUACUAAAUCAGCAACACGUCCAACAGCAGCAACCCGCACAGAACCAGCAACCUCUCCAACAGAACCAACAACUUUCCAAUCAGCAAAUACACCACCAACAGCAAGUGCAACCGCAACAACAGACCUUACAACAGCAAACCCAACCGCCCCUUACUCAACAACAACAACAACAGCAACAGCAGCAACCUGACACCAAACCCCCAAAGAUACCGGAGCCUCCCAAAACUAUGCAGCACCAGCAAGCACAGCAUCAGCAGCAGUCACCCACACAGCAGCAGCAACAUCAGCAGCAGCAACCAGCAUCUCAGCAGCAAAAUACAGCAGCAUCCGGCUCAAGUCCUAAAUCGUCAGCAUCUAAGACACCAGGCAAAGAGGCAGAUGACAGUAAAGAUUUGGCCGAUGAGUUUGCUCCAAUUCCCCUGGCAGUACCACCUCUUCAACAGCCAAAGAUUGAAGAUGAUGAAACUUUGUUCGGCAAAAGACCACAGGAUCCAAAGGAGGCUGAAGUUUGGGAAAAGGCUAAUAAGAUGUACAAGGAUUCAUUGCCGUUGAUCAAUGGAAGCAAAGAAAUGAUUACACGAGGUUAUGGAUUAUUACGGGAUGCAGCGUACCUCAACCAAUCGAAAGCCCAGGAGUUGGUCAGCUAUUCAUACCUCGUGGGUAACCAUCUACCCAUGAACCGAAGCGGGGCUGAAGAUAUAUUCCUCCGACUUGCUGAGAAAGGGAUACCAAAAGGCCAAACGGGUUUAGGCUUCCUGUUUGCCAACGGCAUCAGCUUCAACUCCAGCCAAGCCAAAGCUCUGGUCUUCUACACCUUUGCUGCCCUAGGGGGUGACCCCCACGCCCAGAUGAUUCUGGGUUACCGUUACUGGUCCGGCAUUGGGGUGACUCAACAUUGUGAGACUGCACUGACAUACUACAGGAAAGUUGCCAAUACAGUUGCAGACCAAGUAUCCCACAGCGGUGGAUCAUUGGUGCAGCGGAUUCGACUGUAUGAUGAAGAUGAGAGUACAGGAUCCCAUGGAAGUGUGUUGGAUGAGGACCUGAUUCAGUAUUACCAGUUCCUGGCAGACAAGGGGGACACCCAGGCCCAGGUUGGGCUUGGCCAGCUGCACUAUCAAGGUGGACGUGGUGUACACCAGAACCACAUGAGGGCGUUUGAGUACUUCACACAAGCUGCAGAGGCUGGGGACCCUACUGCACAAGCUUUCCUUGGGAAGAUGUACUCUGAGGGAAGCCGGGUCGUCAAACAGAACAACAAGACUGCCUUCCAGUAUUUCAAGAAAGCAGCGGACCAGAACAACCCUGUUGGCCAGAGCGGUCUGGGCCUGAUGUACAUGUACGGCCACGGAACUAACCAGGACUACACCAAGGCCUUCCAGUACUUCCAAGCCGCAGCCGACCAGGGCUGGGUGGACGGACAGCUGCAACUCGGCACUAUGUAUUACAGUGGUCUUGGUGUCCGGCGAGACUACAAGAUGGCCGUCAAGUACUUUAACCUGGCCUCGCAAUCCGGCCACAUCCUGGGCUUCUACAACUUGGCACAGAUGCAUGCCACGGGCACCGGCGUCAUGCGAUCCUGCCACACGGCCGUCGAGUUAUUCAAGAAUGUUGCAGAGAGGGGCAAAUGGUCUGAGAUGCUGAUGGAGGCCCAUGACUCUUACAAGGACCACGAUGUCCACUCAGCACUCAUGCAGUACUCGUUUGCAGCCGAGCUCGGCUACGAAGUUGCCCAGAGUAACGUGGCAUUUAUCCUGGACCAAGGAGAUACUUCACUAUUCAGUGUCAACGAGACCUACCAGCGAGCUCUACUCCACUGGCAGAGGGCAGCAGCUCAGGGUUACACCAAUGCCAGAGUGAAGCUUGGGGACUAUCACUACUACGGAUAUGGCACGGAUGUAGACUAUGAGACUGCAGCCCUUCACUACAGGCUAGCCUUUGAGCAGCAACACAAUGCCCAGGCUAUGUUCAAUUUGGGCUAUAUGCAUGAACAGGGACUCGGCAUGAAAAAGGACAUUCACCUAGCCAAGCGAUUCUAUGACAUGGCUGCCGAGACCAGCGCUGAUGCCUACAUUCCUGUCAUGAUUGCGCUGUCGAAGUUAGGCAUCCUGUACACGUGGCAGUACUUGCAAGAAUUUGAGUAUGCAGAGCAGUGGGAGCAGCUGGAUAUGGAGUCUAGGUUUGGACCUCAUUGGGAUAUGUACCUGGUCACCAUUCUACUGGGCCUCAAUGUCAUCCUUGGACUGUACGUCCUCGCCAGGCGAAAUUAUCUCUAAUCUCCACCAUUAAAACUCCAAUUACUUUUCACGUGACUGGUAAUGUUGAUUUUUAUGUCAUGGGGUCUGUGUUAUUCACGUUUUUGUGUUAGGUUUUAAUCUGUUAUUUGUUAUGUUUAUUUUUGGUCAAUUUUAUUAUUUUACUUGUUAGCGAGUGAAGGGACUAAUUUUCACAGAGCCGCUAAGGAAGCAAUAUUUGCUUUGAGGAAAUCAUUUUGGGAAGCCGCAGUGUAUAUCUCACUGUGGUAAUCAAUCGUGCUUAGCGAAGCAUUUCUGCGCUUAGUAUUUUUUGCAUGUGUUCUGUGAAAUUUUCCUGAAGUUGUGUAUUUUUUAUUUGUAUUUUUUUGUCCAGGUAUCUUUGAGUGCCCCUGUAAGUGUGUUUAAGUGGUGAACUGUUCUUU